AUGGCAUGCCUCCUGAGUCCGACUUCGAAGCUCCUCCCUACCGGACCGCCGUCAACUCUGAAAGCCAUCCUCUCACUACCCCCCUCGAUACGACCGAGCGUCUACGCGACCACACACCAGGCACGAUGUCUCGCCACCGAGUCACCACCACGGAGCAAGCGCCCGAAGACGGCCAUCUUCUUCCCCGGACAGGGCGUGCAGCGCGUGGGCAUGACGACGGACUGGCUCGAGGCCUUCCCGCGAACCGUCAAGCCGCUGCUCGAGCAGAUCGACGACACGCUCAAAGUCAACCUGACCAAGAUCAUCGCGGAAGGGCCGAAUAGCAGAUUGACCGCGACGGAGAAUGCGCAGCCGGCGAUCAUGGCGACGUCCAUCAUCAUUCUGCGGGUGCUGGAGCAGGAGUUUGGAUUCCGGACGGCGGAGCGGAUCGACGUGACGUUGGGACAUUCGCUGGGGGAAUUCGCUGCGUUGGUAGCGGGGGGUUAUCUACGCGAGGCAGACGCACUGCGGCUCGUACGGCGGAGAGGGGAAGUGAUGGCGCGCUGCUCCAAGGAAGCCAACGAGGAAGUGGGCAUGGUAGCGCUGGUGUGUGAAGCCGACCACCUCUCGUCGAUGCUCGAAGCGAUGCAUUCCUUCCUCGGGCAUACCUCCGAGGGCGCCAAGACGGACAGCCAUUCCGACACCGACCUCCCGCCCGUGCAACAGGUGCUGAUCGGGAACAUCAAUUCGAAGAACCAGAUCGUCUUGUCCGGAGGCAUCAAGAAGAUCAACGAGCUGCUCACGCAUCUGCGGCAAUUCGGGGGUCACGAUCCGCGGGCGGUGCGGCUCAAGAGCGACUCGCCCUUCCACAGCCCGCUGAUGAAGCCGGCGGCGGAGCUGAUGAAGAAGAUGCUCGACCAGGCGAGCCCGACGGCGCGGAACGAGGACAUCAUCCUGUGGCCGGGCGUCAUGCCGUGUAUCAGCAAUGUCACGGCGCGCGCAUUCGAGAGCAAGAAGCAGCUGAAGGAUCUGCUGGCGCGGCAAUGCGUGGAGACGGUCUACUGGCACGACAGCAUCGUACAUCUCCAUCAGACGGAGAAGGUGAAGAGAUGGCUCGGGAUCGGACCGGGGAAGGUGGGACGCAACCUGGUGGGCAAGGAGGUGGGGAUGAAGGGCAUGUCCAAGGGGGGCGGCGUGUGGGGCCUGACGGACCCGCGAGAGGUGGAGAGUGUGCUGCUGGACCUGGACCAGACGGAGACGAUGGAUACGGACGAGGAGUAG